AUGGCCAAGGAUGUCGGGUUGACCAUGCGAGGAGGAGGAGGAGGAGGAGGAGGAGGAGAGGCAGGCGAGGGGGCAGGAGGAUCGACGGGGUGGAGAGGUGAGCAGGGAUCAGAGAGGAGGCAGCAUGACGGCUAUGGCGAGCCGGAUGAAGCGCAGGAGAAGAUGACAUGGGAGGAUAGAGUAUGGUUCCCAAUCUUCACCUCUGUGUUCUUCGGCAUGUUCUUCUAUGCAGGAGUGAAGAACGUCCACUGGAGGACGAUGGUGGUGGAGAGGAGGAUGUUCGUGAAGGAUCUAUCCCGCGGCUGGUUCCUUGGGCUCCCUCAAGACCUCUCUGACCCUCAGUGGAAGACCCUGCGCAAGUUCUUUCCUCUGCUGUUCUCCCUGCUCGUGGGACACGUGCUGGCGUCAAAACUUGCUCGGACGACCUUCUGCAAGGGGAGCAGCAAGAGUUUGAGCAACUUCCAUGCAGCCGUCAACUUGAUCUUCGUUAUCAUCCUACAUGGACCCAAGGUCGUGUGGCCCCUGCUGACCAACAUCACCGUCUUUCUGAUCGGCCAGCAUUUCCGAGGCUCCAUUAUGAAUCCUGUGCUGACGUGGCUGGUCUGCCUGCUAGUUCUCUUCAGCUCCGACUACUACGGAGGGUUCGAGACUGUCAGGUUGGCUCCGAUGUUCGGCUCCCUGCUCAGUUUCUGGGACGAUUUCUCGGGCCUUUACAGGGUCGUCAAGGUCAGUCUCUCCCUCGUUCAUCUCGUCCACUUCCUUCCAGAACGUGGGACUCAAUUCAAUCUCAGCAUGUUGCGGCUCAUCUCGUUCAACACUGAGUUGUACUGGUCGCAAAAUCAGCACAUGUUGUCUCCCAAACAAACUAACCUUCACCUCUACACCCAAGAAAACUUCUCUCUUUCCAACUUCUUGGCCUACGUACUGUACAUGCCCCUCUACAUCGCCGGCCCCAUCGCCCCUUACAUGACUUGGUUGGAAGGGCUGAAAUCCCCGCAGAAGUCUCUCACAACAAGGGCAACUGUCUUCAUGCUCGCCCGGACUUUCCUCUACAUCCUUUUAGUCGAGGUCAUGCUUCACCUGUACAUGUACGUCAGCAUCAACAACAACAGGACUUGGGAGACUACAUGCCUGGAUGGGAGGUAG